CUGCUCUUUCGAGUGAAUAAUAAAAACAACAACAAUCAAAAUGAUGUCUAACGUCUAACAAAUUUUUACGCGGCAUAGUGAAUUUUUGAAUUAACCCAAGCGAAUUAUUAUAGUGUAAAUUGUUAUUGAAAGUAUUUUAUAGUUCAUUGUUAUGACUGAUUGUACCCAGUCAAAAUUACCAUCAAUUGUCGAAAAAGUUUUGAACCAAAUCGAAGAAAGAGUACAUAAAACGACUAAUAAACAAAUUACAGAUGAAGAUCUUCUGACUUUGCAUUCUAUAUUUGGAGGUGUGUUACAAAGGGCUUUGGAUAUUAUAGAAAAAUAUCCAACCUUCGUUACCUAUUCGACUGCAAAUAAAACGAGAGAACUCAUAGAGAUUAAAGGUGAAAACGACAGAUGUUACAGAGUAUUUCCACGUAUUAACUUCUGUCCAUGUCUAGCAUUUAAACAUCAAGUUUUAGAAAAGAAAACUCAGAUAUCUUGUAAGCAUAUAUUGGCUGCAAGAAUUCAACAAAUAUUGGGUAAAACAGUGAACCAUGACGUGACUCAUGAUCAAUAUUUAAUGUUAGUUAAGUCUAUGUUUGAUUUAGAAGACGAGAACAAUGGAUGAUGGUACAUCUGAGUAUUAUUU